GAUUUUGUCACAAUACCCUCCCUUUAAAAAAAAACUAUAGCCACUGCCGCGUGGAUGUGUUUUCCUGGUCAGUUUGCAACGAGGAAAUGCGUCCUUGAGUGGUGCGGUGCGUUGGGGGUGAGGCCGGGGCAUGGGUGCAGGGAGCCGGCCGGGAGCGAAGAGACUGGGCCGAUUACUCCAGAGAGAGAGGCAGGCAGGCGGAUGAGGAAGUAGCGAGAGUUAGGGCAGGCUCCCACCGCCUCUCUCUCUCACUCACUCUCUAUCUGUCUGUGUGUGUAUCCGGCUCCGGAUCUUGGCCGGGGAAGUAAGCGGAUGGGGUGACUCCCAUUAUCACCCCCCUCCACCUCCACCUCCACCACCCUCCCCGAGAGUCGAUGGGAAGCAGCGGCACGGGGCAGACCCCAGCGGCGGGGCUGGCCAGCGAACUCAGGCCGCCACUGGAGGCGUGGAGCUGCGGUUACUGCGGGAAGGACUCAUUCUGUGCUCAGGGUCUCAUGGCUCACAAACUGUCUGUCCACGAUUACCAGCUGCUGCUGAACAAAGGCUGGGUCAGGAGUGGGAAAUAUCUGUACAAAGCUGCCAUGCCCAUCACAUGCUGCCCCACCUACCCAAUGAGGUGCCACGUCUUGGAUUUUCGGAUAUCGCGCUCACAGCGGCGGGUUCUGAAGAAGAUGCGGAAACAUUUAACACAACCUGAUGCUUUUGUGAGCGAAACUGUUGCAUUCAGCCCACCAGAGGACACCACGUGCCAUAAAGAGGAACAAGUGAGUGGAGCCGGGCAGGGGAAGUUGACCACAGGACAGACACCCUGGACCUUUCCUGAGGGGUCUGAUGAAAACUGGUCAGAGGUAAACCACGUAACGGACCAGCGGAGUAUGAACAACAGCCAGGCGUGGUCAGUUGAAGACCCAGCUCCACACAUCCACACGUGCCGCAAGGCCAAGGAGAGCCGGGGGGAGCUGCUGAAGACCCCCGAGAGGGGGCAGCAGGCAGAGCUGGAACCGGCAGAGUCUGAACUGGUGGGACUGACGGAGCACAAGGCACCAGGUCAGGAACCGGCUCCUUUACAAGAUCCUCAGCCAUCCUUGUCACAAACCUCCAUGAGCGCUGUGCACCCAUCUCCCAUCCCACCUCCACUCCAUUCCACGUCUCAACCCAAUCGCACUAGAUCAUUAGAGGAGCUCCUAGUGGAGAGCACGCCAGUCACUGCAUUGCACCAGCUGGAGGUGAAGCUGCUGAGACUUUCUCCACCCAGCCCUGAACUACAAUCCACCUUUGGUGAAUCUUACAAGGUCUACAAACGAUACCAGAUGCAUGUGCACAAAGACACAGAGCUGAUGGCUUCGGAGGCUGAGUACAGAAGAUUCUUCUGCAGUACUCCACUUCUGGGGGAGGACCCUGCAGAUGGCCCAGAUACUGGCUAUGGCUCCUUCAUUGAACAGUUCCUGCUGGCCGGGAAGAUUAUAGCUCUUGGACUGUUGGACAUACUACCUGAAGGAAUUAACUCGCAGUACUUGUGCUACGAUCCAGAUUACUCCUCUCUCUCGUUGGGAGUCUACUCUGCUCUCAGGGAAAUAGCACUAACCCAAAGACUGAAUGAGAAGGUUCCCAGAAUGAAGUAUUACUACUUGGGCCCUUACGUGCACUCGUGUGUUAAAGUAAAAUACAAGCUCUUCUACCAGCCGACAGAGCUGCUGUGUCCUGUCACUGGGCACUGGGUGUCCGUGGAACAAUGCCUACCCAAGCUGGAGUUAAGCAAGUUUGCCCGGCUUUACGACGGCGAAGAGCCAGCUGUUGAUUGCGGCCUGUCCAACGAAGGCCUUUGGUUUCUGCGGAAUUUCCGGGACGCGCUGAGCCCGUCUUCCUCGGCCUCAGUUCAGACGGAGGAAGCCAUGCUCGUGGUAUCUCAGGAGGACCUGGUCUCCAUCCACUCCUCUUCGCCCUCAGCCUGGUGGAAGCACCUGCCUUGCCUCGCCCGCCUGCUGAGCUGCUGCUGCCGAGGCAGCUGGUGCAGGAAGGAAGAGGAGAGCUGACCCCCCCACACACCCCCGCCCCGCUUGCACUGACCGCCAGGCAACUGGCAGCUCCAUCAGAAAGCAGGUCCAGAAGGUGGAGCAAGGGAGAGAGAGAUGGGGAACGUCACCAGCCUGGUGCCUGAAGUCCAUUCAUGAGAGGGAAGCAAUGGAAACCUUAAACAGACAUUUCAACCUUCCUUGAAUCCACAGUGAACGCAAAAAAAGUCCUCAAAGCCCAGCAUGGAUCAAGAUUCAUAGAGUCUUACAGCGUGGAAACCGACCCAACUUGCCCACACCGGUCAACAUGUACCAUCUACACUAGUCUCCCCUGCCUACAUUUGGCCAUAUUCCUCUUAACAUAUCCUAUCCAUGUA